AUGUUCAUGUUCUACAUUGCCGCACUCGCUCUUUUAUUCGCCAGCCGCUCCUUGACGAGCAGACUCGUCGGAGUGAGUGCGCUUACGCUCGACACACGUACAAGUCGGUUAUGGGAGGAAAAUAGUGGGAUGAUCCACGAGAUUGCUCAGCAGAGGUUAUGUAGGGAUGGGACAUCCCCGAAGCUGGAGAGGAUUGAACUCGACGGCGAGCUCACGACUUAUAAACUUCAAUGCGAGGAAUCUUCAUGGAGAAACGCAUCUAUGGAUGUCGGAGAGCUAUAUAAACGACAAAGUACGGCUCUCUGCACGACUUCUUGUUCACAGAAUUGCUAUCACCCCGCCGAUUAUAAUCCCGAUCCGAAGGACUGUGGAAAUAUUACUUCUAUCCUGAGGUCUAGGAAUAGUAAUUGGGAUGUGUCUGUUGGAGGGACCAACGUAGUUCAGUGGAAACGUGUAUCUACACGUUUUCCAAUCAAGCACGUAAUACCAUUAACUUUUGUGAUUCAGCAUGGGCUUCGAUUGGCGAUUCCAUUGCGUGGACCUGUGGACGAUGGCUAUCAGACCCAGCAAAGGGCGGAAUCUGCAGCAACUCCAACUUUUUUGUUACCUGUACGAACACCGAAUAUGCCAGGACCUAGCUAUACCGUCUCGUUUUCUACGGCUGGCUAUACGGAAUUGAACCCUUCGUCAGAGCCUCCCUCCUCCAGCUCCAGUUCCGUUUCGUCGUCAUCACAAUCGAGUGGCUCAAUACUUAGUACCGGGGGUACGAGCGGCAACACGGUAUCAGGGUUGAGCACGAUAUCUCAGAGCACGGUUUCAUACGAGACUCUUAAUGACCUUCCCGGCGGAGUGGUAGGAGCUAGUACCACAGCUCACGAAGGCUCGAGCUCACCAACGAGCGGCAGCGCGCAAUCGAACGACACGAAGAAGACGGAUACACCCGCAAUCAUCGGGGGAACGAUUGCUGCAAUUGCAGCCAUCGCACUCCUGCUAGCUGUCUUUUUCAUCAUACGUCGCGCGAAACGCUACGGGAAAUAA